UCUGGGUCAAACACCUGACUCUGGGUUGAAGUCGGAAUUUCUUGAGCACUAGGUAGUUAUUGUGUACGGUACGUACUACAUGAAGUGAUGUGACAACGCCAUUUUCGUCAUCCAUGCCGCCCGUCAAUGUGCUCCUGGAAUGUCAAGCUCCGUACACGUCAUGGAUCUUGAGUGGACGCAAGACUAUUGAGACCCGACGGUAUGCAUUCCCAACGCACCUGCUCCACAAGCCCAUUUGGUUAUUGGAAUCGCCGAACGGGGUCGUGGGGUCGUCCGCGCUCCCUUCAGUGGUGGACCUGGCAGCAACUCCUCAUGUGCGUGUCGUCGGUCACAUCACUGUAUCGGCGUCAUUUCAAUACACAAGUCGCGCGCAGUGGGACGCCGACGUCGACCGUCAUUGCGUCGCACCUGACUCGGGAUAUGCAUGGACGCAGGACGGUGGAGACUAUUUCGGAUGGACGGUUGCGUCGACGACAGAGUUCUCUCAAGCGCCGCGCAAUCUCACCCACAUCUCGCGCAGUUACCGAUCGUUCUUCGUGCCCGUCAUUCCCGUUCCGACCGUGGACAUUUCCGAUCCAUUGAACCCCGACGUGCUUGCCGCCAUCGAGACUCAGUGUGCUUCUCUCGGAUUUCUCCGCGUGUCCUGGGCAUCGUUCCCCAAGGACGUCAUUUUGAAUGCCCAUGAUGCCAUGCGCCGCUUCUUCGACUGCGAUCCCGCCAUCAAGGAAGCCGUAACCUUACCCCCGUCCUCUUCCCGUGCUGACGGCGCGGCGCCACGGCCAUAUAAACCCACGGGCUACCGUGGCAUUCCAAAAAUGUACAACGGAGAAGGGCGCGAAACGUGGAGCUGCAUUCGUCCGGAUAACAAGGAUUUAUCCGACGACCCCUUUUACACCGAUUUCGGUCGGCAUGUGUUUGCAACGCCGCCGAUCCCGCAGGUGCUGUGGCCGGAUGAAGAGGAUGUGCCUGGUUUUCGCGCGGCGCUGACGGCGUAUUACGCGGCGAUGGAUGCAUUGGGCAAGGUCCUCUUCCGCAUCUUCGCCCGCAUCCUGCAACUACCCGACGAGGAGGCACUGCUCAACUUGGCCCGACGGCACGCCAGCAGCAUGAACGCGAGUCGCCUGCAUCCAUCCGAGGACACGCAAGGCGGCGGCAUGGUGCUUAUGCCGCAUGCGGACAUCACGUGUUUUACUAUCCUCAGUCACGAUGCUCAAGGCGGCGUGGGGACGGCCUGCCUGGAAGUGCUCCAUCCACUUGCAACGCUCGGGACGAAAGAGAUCGAAGUCGAAGAACAGGUGGUGUGGGUAGGUAUAGCCCCCGACAGCAACGAAGACGGACGGUCGUUGCUGGUGAAUGUCGGCCAAAUCUUACAGCGGUGGUCCAACGACCGGUUGAAGGCGACUCUGCAUCGUGUAGUCAAACCCGUGCAUGCGUCGACAUUGACGACGCGACGACGGCAAGCGCUCGUGUUCUUUCAAGUCACAGACUACGACGCGAUCUUGAAGCCGAUGGUGGACACUUGCGACGCAUCAGAUCGGAAGUGGACCCCCGAGCGCAUGGACGCUUUCACAAAGGCGCGAUUUGGACCCGUCGCCGACACCUCGAUGGACACGACCGAAGCGUAUUCGAUCUACAAUCAAGAUGUGAUGGCGCGGGCCGACUUUGUGCGACUUGCGAGCGAAUAAGCAGCAUAACAAGGAUAAAUAGAUUGAGUUUUACACGAUGGCCAUGUAACCACAGGGACAAAUACCCGACGGAGGAAGCGCAUCUUGAAGUCGGCCACAUGUGCAUCGCUUCGACAGAGUAGUGGGGGGUGAAGAC